UCCCGGUUCGAGCGCCGCCAGCCAAGACGGCGCUGACUCCUGCAACGCCCCACAUGCCAUGGGAGCUUGUUCACAGCUCAAGCUAGUGCUAUGGAAGAACAUAGUGCUCCGGCUACGGCAACCGGUGAUCCUCGCCCUAGAGCUGCUGUGGCCGCUCACCAUUUUUCUUCUUGUUUUAUUCCUACGGAAGGUCGUUCCUCCAGUUAGCCAAGAAACAUGUUACUACAAUGCCCGGGCUUUGCCCAGCGCGGGCGGACUGCCCGUGCUCCAGUCUCUCAUAUGCAACGUAGACAACAAGUGCCUUAACGAAUCUUCCUACGAGGAAAUACCCACUUAUCCUGGGUCAAGGAUAAACAAGCUAGUCCAAGAUUUAUCGCCGCUGCUUCAAGAUGAAAGUAUAUUGUCCGUUAUCAAGUCGCUACCCGUGCUGGCCGAUCUUCUCGGGCCUCUGGAGGCCCUGUUUCAAGACAAUACGACGCAAAAGCUGCUCGGAAAGGGACUUCCCCUGACGGACGUCGUCGCCAACAAGCGGUACGCGAGAAGCGUACUGCUCAGCAACACGAAUAUGACGCCCGAAACGGUGGACGCGCUUCUGGAGUCGCGCGUCAACGUUCCUGCCGUCCUGCACGUUCUCGGAUCCGGUAUGAAACAGAAGAGCAGACGAGACUGUAACGUGGACACGCUGUCGUCGUACAUCAUGCUAGAGGACGCUCGCGUGCUACAAACAGUCGCUGACUCCCUGUGUUCCUUGUCCCACGAGCAACAGGAGAACCUCAUGAAGGAACUGCAGUCCGUGUUCGACUAUGGGAAAGUCAUGAAACUGGUGUCGCAAGUCGUAAAAAGCUUGGGACUCGACGACUUCAGCCUCGCCAUGGAGAAGGUGGGCGGCAUGGUAACGGCUUUCGGCUGCAUCAGCGAGCAGAUGCCCAGCGAUUUCUCCGGAAGCCUGGACGCCCUUCGAGCACUCAUUCAGGACUUUACCGACCAGCAGCUGAACGUCGAUCUGUUGAAAGCGGUUUGGGAUGACGUCGGGCAGGUCGUGCCAAGCCCCGAAAGGGAACUCGUGAACACCAUCAUGGAAUGGAUUUCGGGAAGCACGGGCCAAAUAGGUCCUCCUAACUACGGUUUAGACACACCUGUUUCUACAAGCACCCCACCUAGUCGAGAGGGCACUCUAGGGAAUGUCCUUAACACUGCCGUCAAGCUUGUCAACGACUUUCAGUCACCGAGCGGACCAGAGUCAAAGGCCGGCCGCUUCUUCCAUGCGCUCUUCGGCUUCGACAAGUCCACUACCAUACAGGAAAUGCUUGAUGCCUUGGAGGACUUAAUGUCGACGAAACGGGAAUCGUCGAGGCACAGACGGACGAGGCAGGAUGCAAUGUACUACACGGCGAGACUUAUCGGCAUUGUGGUGGAGUUCAUGCGAGCAGAUUUAGAGAAUUCUCAAGAAAACGCCGAGAACGCCCUGUUUCCACAAUUGAUCGAAAGCUUGGUGACGACCUUCUCAUCGAAUAAACGGGUCAACCGAAUAUUGUCGUCUAACGGAAUUUUGAACGUGGCCUGCACCGAGGACAAGUUUAAAACUAUAUUUCGUGUCCGUGCUGCUUCGGACAAAAUAAAGGACAUCCAAGUUUUCACAUGCCACUUUUUGAGAGACAUUGUCCCUGCAUUUCUGAAAACUUUUCGGAACAUAUCUGACACUGCGGAAGAAAAAGAUGACGCGAGAUGGAAUCCCAUGAAUGUCAAAAUAUCUGACAUCACCGGGCUUUUGAACAAGACCGUCAAUAUGAAAAGACUCUCGUACGACUGGAUUGGCGUGUCCAAGGCUGCGGCAAAGUUUGAGAGCCACUGGAACUCAAAAACAAGAGAGGAAAGAAUUACAUCAGCUAUGAAGAUUGUUCAGUCAGUCUCAAACUAUGUCUCCCUUCAGCGGUUAAAGUACUGGAAUGAUUUUCUUGCCGUGUUUUACAUGGCGGACCAAAUAACAGAUCUGCUGAACCAGAUGAUGGGAGGUAUAUUAGUGGAAGGCGGGAUCACUGUGCGCAACGUUGCGCUGAAUGUUCCUAGUAUGAACGUUAUUAUAACGGAAAUAUUGGAAUUCUUGCCCGAUUUCAUACGGAUUGGGAUGAAGGUCCUGCAAGCUGACCUGGCAAAUCUCAUUGAAAAAUUGGAAGAGAACAAGGUGAAAAAGUUUUACGUGCCCUGUCAGAGUGGUAAGUUUGCCGACCUCUUGAGCGUGGGGAACACGGAGAGCUUGAGAAGACUCGAAGAGAAGAUGUGCGAACAAGUUCCUCUCCUCAUGUCCGAGUUCUUCGCGGAGCGACAUGUAGCUGCCAUAUCCACAAUGGUACAGAGAGUUAACCACGGUCAGGACGUCCCGUUCAGUUGGACCGCAAUGGGUGCGCGCUUGAAUGUGCUGCUCAGAAAUGUGGAGGUACUCGGGGACAAGAAGGUGGCGGCGUUUACAGACGUCUCAGCACUUCACGGAACGGCCAUGAAGGACGCUCUCAAGCAGGCCCGGACCGCUUUCGGCGCCGACGACACCCCGGAAGGGAAGGCAAGCGCAGUGCUUCAGCUGGUCAGCGUCGCCUUCCAAGAAUUGGACGCGAACCUCAACCACACUCUGAUGCCGUACUUGCUCAAGAUUGCCUCGUUCCUCACCACCAGCGAAAGCUUGUGGAGCGAAGCCACGGACAGCCAGCAAACAACUGUGUCGCAGCUCUUCGAGAACGCCAGUGACCUCGAGUUGCUGGUUCGUUGGGUCAACAACUACCUUGUUAAGCUCAUGGAGUACUUCGUUCAUACCUUGACGGUGGAGCCGAAAAAGAUAUCCUACCUCCUGAAGCAGAAGUACGCAAUUGACGAGUUCUGCAAUAACCGCGUGCAAGAUUACCUCACGGUGCCCAUGCAGGAGGUAGAGAUCGCCACCUCAGCCCUCCAAGACCUGUGUGCCAUCAAUUUCACGGGUGUCCACGAAGUCUUGCAGAAAAGUGGCCGUACACCGCCGCUUCCAAAACAAGACCAGCUGCAAUGGUUUCUCGAGACCCUUCAUCGUAUCGUAAACUUGCUGCAAAGCGAAGAACCGCAGUCAGGAGUCUCUCGCUUGUUCAACAGCACUCAGUGGAACCAUUUCCUCUCCAAUAACUUUUGGGAUUCCAGAUCAUCGGCUAAUCGGCUCAAAGUAAUGGCUGCUCUCAAGGGAAUCACCGUUGUUUUCGAAAAUGACACUGCUGCGCUGGAGUCCAUAUUUAAGGCAACUUCAAAAACAGCAUGCAGACUGAAGGCUCCAUUUUGGAACUUGAAGUGGAAAAGCCUGUUGCAAAAUAACAAGAACAACAAAAAUAUCAACGCGAUUCUGCAAGUCCUGAACGCCAGUACAAAUAUUGUCGACGUCACUUUUGACACGGUCAUGGAGUCCAAAUAUGUGAAAGCGAUAAUAACUGACUUUGCCAACACCAAAGACGGUCUUGAGAGAUUUUGCUCUCUAAAAAAGACCGAAUGGACCAAGUACUUUGCUCUUGGCAACGACAUUGACACUGUCCCAACGGACUCCAUUCACCACUUGGCCUGCAAAUUCAGCCCCGCCGAUACGGUAAACGAACUGAAGUCAAAGUGCGACCAAAUUCAGGUGAAUCCAGCUAAUGCAGACGAUGUUAACAAAUUUUACGACGCCGCCAUGGACGUUUACGAUGAACUGGCUGCUUCGUACAGAUCAGGUUCCACAGCAGACGUGCCAUUUUUGACAGCUGUCAAAUGGAAAGAGCUAUUCGAAUCUUUUGUCAAUCAACUGAGCAACGGUCUCUUGAAGUUUGACCUAAAAAAGGUAGAAACGUGGUCUUCGCUCCUAGAAGCCCAGUUUGAAAGCGACGAAGCCCGCAGCAACUACCACCACGCACUAAGUGCCCUUAAAUACUUGGUCCACACGAUGACACGGCAGUAUAAAGGCAGGAUCUUCAUUAUACCGAUUGACGAUGUGUUUGGUAACAAGACAAACACAGCUUUCUUUCUAAACACGUGGUUGCCAAUGCUUCCAGCGGCUGCGGAGACGAUGAUGUCGUCGCUAAUCGUUCAACAAAAGCAAAGGUCUCCUAUCGGGAAUUUCCUUCAAGUGCAGCGCCAAAUAUGCAAUCAGUGGAACGAAACUGACAUGGUGCACCACGAUUUGGAGAGACACAUGUUCACACACGCCAUUUGCAGCACAAACUUCACAGCCGUCAUCCAAGAACUGAUGGCAGAUUCAAACACUGUAAAAGACGUAGAAACGUCUCAAGAAGCGAAGCAUUUCGCUUGGGAAAUGUACACUUUGGUAAAAAAACUGACAACCACGAAAGGGUCGCUCGUGAAUUCCACCAGUGAACGACAUUCCUGGAACGACGAGUUCACUUUUCUGUCGCCGUGGGAGACCUUCAACAUUAACAAAGCUCUGUUAGAUGCACGGAUGUCCGACAGCGCUGCCGUUAGGAAAGGAAUUGUGGCCCUCAUUAAGAUGCGAAAGCUGUUGAGUUUCUUGGACGACAAGACUGCGUGGAAAACCCUGUCAAAGUUCACAAAGUUGUUGAUCGCAACGGGUCAGCUCAGCGCAAAGCAACUGUCAGAAGAAAUCGGAAAGUUCUAUCAUUACGCAAUGCUUGCCUCGGAAUCUAGAACACAGGAUGCGGAUUUGCUAGUGAGCAUUUUCACAAUGGACAAGUGGAAAGACUACGAAGAGACUAUGCAAGCCGUCAACGUUAGCCAGGUCCGAAACCGCGUCAGUUCUGACACCGAAUGGAUCGAGCAAAUGCCAGAAGCAAAACUUGCUUUCUCACUCGAGGAAAUGGACAGGCUUGCCGAAGACAUGGCCGCGGGUUAUCACAGUGACGGCAACGACACCGUGAGACUCGUCAACGAUGAGCAAGUCAGCGCGACGGUGAUGACCGUCCUAGAAGGCUAUGCGAGCAGACCUUUGCACAGCGCUACGCGUUUAUUUCUAAGCAUGAUGUGGAUGGUGCAUCAGAAUACAAGCAGCUCGCCGCUGUGGAAUUCCGCGGUCCCUACACUGUUAGACCUCGCCGCAAGCCUCAAUUCCUACUUCGAGCAAUUGCCUUCAGAAAAUGCCUACGUUGCGCAAAGAAGAACUGCAUCAUGUCCAAGAUGCUUUGGAACAGAUAUUUUAGACGAUAAACAAGAGCUCUUGAGACAACUCGUUUCACAGAAGUCUUUUAACAAUCCAGCUGAGAUCGUUCGCUUCCUAUCCAUCGUUCUUAACGUUACAGAUGUCUACUUCUGCGAGCAUAACCAAAGCGCUCCGUAUGCUGCCAUUCUAGACAGUAGUGUUCAAUCGUCUCCAAGAUUUUCCGGCGAACACCCGAAAGAGCUGAUAUGUGCGCUUCCAAACAAAACUGCCACCAACGCUUAUAAGUGGAUUUCCCAGAGACUGGGCCUCAGGAGUUUCAUCUCAAAGCUUCAGGUGGCCAUCAAAUACCCGAACAUGGCACGUCAACAGCAAUGCAAGACCAUUGCGGGUGUUCUAUCGGCCAGUGGCAAUAUCAUCGACAUGUAUGUCAGCGAGCUCACCGAGGACUAUAGUUACCAGAAGCUCGAACACUGCGUCGAUGUGUAUCACAAUGGAACGUUCAAAUACAGCGUCGAAAGAUACGUCACGUUAACAAAACAUCUGUUCGACCUUGCCAAAGAGCUGCUGCUGAAAAGAAGCUCUCAAGACGAGUCUCUGCUUCAGUUCCUCGUAAACAAGGUCGUCGGCGAACUACCAGUUUAUACAACACUGUCGAACAUUGUUACUACGAAGACGCUGAAUGAAUCAUUGCACGGAGACGCCAGCUCAUGGGCGGACGUGAUCAAGAAUGCUGAAAUAAACUUGAACUGGUUGGUCCGUCAUAACUUCUCGCAAAAGUCGUUCGAAGAGGCUCUAUGUAGCAGCACCCAUAGGCGUCUGCUUGCGUACAAGUCAGAGGAGGGACAAAACUUGUGCGACCCUAAUUUCGCAGAAGCGCUUGCCCGGUCUCUGUUCAACACAUCCGGAAUUGCGAAGCAGGUUAUGGAAGCACAAACCAAAGCAUUCUACGCAGCGAAGUGGCUGGACGAAAUCUUGAAAGGCGCGGCCUCACUGUGGGAUGCUAUGUCCAAGCUUUUUCAGUCGACGAAAGCGCUUUCGCUGGACACGUCGAGCGAUAAUUUGGCUGGCACGCUGUCCUCAGUUCUGACUUUACUCGACGAUAGCGUCAUUAAAGAGCUCAUAAACAGCUUGGAAAAAGUCCAGGAGUUAACGGAAGCAGUUUUUCCUGGAGGUUCUAUAGCGGAAUACGUCAACUCGAUUACUCAAGGACUCAAAGGCGUUCAAAAACUGGGCGAGAGUGGCCUGUUUCAUCUGACGUACAGCGUGCAGGACACGUUUUCUGACAAGGAGAAAGCCAAGAAAAUCAUAAAGAGAGAGCUGAGCUUGCUUCAAGAGGAGAUUGACAAAGUGCUAAAGCGACCGCUGGACAUAAAUACGCUCGCCCGCAACGAAAGCAUCAACAAUGUCGUCGCAACUGUCAUCUGCGAUGUUGUCGAAAGCCAAUCAAAUGUUCGCUACAAGGACUUCACGGAAGGUUGCACUCCAGCCUUAUCUUCAGAAAUCGAAUACCGGCCGUUCCCCGAACUCACGAUGUCGAAGGUCGUCAAAAAUUUUGCAGAUGCUGUGUUUGACGGCGUACUGCGGAAGUCGAACCUCAGCAAGGAAGUGGUGAAGGCCGCCUUGAAGGCACUCAGCACAGCACCAAAAGUCGUUCCAGUUAUACGAGAGAAGUUGUCGCUCCUCUCUGAAGCCCUGGACCCGAAGACCGCGAAGGCCCUCUCCGACCUCAACAUCACCCAAGACGGCAUCAGCGUUUUGACAAGUCCCGCAGCACUGAGUCUAGUAGGCCAGCUACUCUGUGGUUCACCCCUCAAAGCACUCGAGGACCAAUUUUAUCUGCUGGAACCGUCAUCUCGCGAGCCGACACUUGACGUGCAGGAAAUUGAGGAGCUACCAAGCAAGUUCUGUCGUCGUGGCUAUGAACAAGUGAUGAGGAUGUCCGGUGGCCCGAUUAUCUGGGGAUUUCUCAAGCCCAUUCUGCGAGGCCAGAUACUGUAUGCACCGAGAUCACCGGCUGCUUUCCAAAUUAUGCAAGAGGUGAACAAGACGUUCGAGUCCAUGUCCUCUAUAAUCGAUGCUCUUCACGUGUGGAGCGAGGGAACGAUCGGGCUAAAGUUGACAAAGGAGAACGGACCAGUAACAAAACUGAAGGAGCUGAUCUCAUCCAAGAGUCUGCAGCCUCUUGCCAAGGACAUGCUUGGGGAUGAUGUGUAUGCUUUUCUUACGGACCUCAGCGUUGAGGACCUGCGUCAUGAAUUUGGUGACCUUGGAGGACUGCUAGACCUUGUGCAGCUUGUAGGAAGUAUAUCUCAGUGCUUUGAGCUGGAUAGAUUUAAGCAGCAUAGCAAUGAAGAUGACUUGGUGAAGACUGCAAUGCACCUCGGUGCCAGGAGGGAGUUUAUACUAGCUGUUGUUUUCCUCAACCUGGAUACAAAUAAGGAGCUGCGCCUGGAGAAUGGAUCUAUUGUGAAAUCCUUGCUCCCCCCCGAUGUUCAGUACAAGAUCAGAAUGGACAUUGAUAAUGUUCCUCUAACAAAGACUGUUAAAUCAAGGUUCUGGCAACCAGGUGCAAACGACGACUUCUUGGACGAUAUGCGAUACCUACGAGGCUUUGCACACUUCCAAGAGCUGAUAGACAAGGCAAUCACCAAGUUGCAUGUGGGAGAGUCAGUUCACUAUCCUCGAAGCUAUCUGCAACAGUUCCCUUAUCCCUGCUACAUGAAGGACUCAGUGGGGUAUUAUAUCAAGGCAAUGCUACCACUGGUAUUCACAUUAGCUUGGAUUUUUCUGGUUGCCUUUUUCGUACGAGAAAGGGUCCUUCCGAAAGAAUUGCACCUGGAAGAAAUCAUGCAAGUUAUGGGCCUGAAACCUUGGAUUGACUGGAGUGCAUCGUUCUUGAUCAGCAUAUUCAUUUCUAUUGGCAUCGUGGCAUGCACAACUGCCAUUCUCUGCUACGGAGGCAUUUUACCGUACAGCAAUCCUCUACUCCUCUUCAUUUUCUAUGGAACCUUUGCACUCUCAGUGAUCAUGUUCUGCUACAUGAUCAGCAUAUUCUUCCAGUCAGCUACUGUGGCUUCCUUGACUGGAAUAGUGGGAUACCUGAUCAGCUUUCUGCCCUUUGUGAUAGCUGUGUCUAUGGAGGCAACCUUUUCACUCAAACAAAAGCUCCUUCUGUGCCUCUCCAUGUCAACAUCUUUUAGCUAUGGCUGCCUCUACAUUAGCAGAUUUGAAGAACAAGGCCUAGGUGUGCAAUGGGAAUACCUAUGGCAAAGCCCAAUUCCUGGAGACACCAUGAACAUGGGAUAUUGCAUUGUAAUGAUGGCAAUCGACAGCCUUGUAUACUUCACGAUAGGGCUUGUAAUGUCGAAUAUAUUUUUAGGUGAAAAGGCGUCUCUCUCACGAAGAAAACUGCUGGCCUUUUUUUCAACUAAGAAUAGUGGUUCAGCGACGCAGUACUACUUACAGAACACUGUAAAUGGUAGCAUAACACCUCAUAUUCUAAAAGCUCCUUACACUAUCAAUGACAAAGCGCCAAUGGCAUCAACUGGCAUAUCCAUACAGGACUUGUGCAUAGCCUAUAACAGCGGGAAGAGCACAGAACGAAUAGCUGUGUCUCAUUUGUCUCUUAAUUUUGACGAGGGCCACAUCAACACGCUUCUCGGCCAGAACGGAGCAGGAAAGACCAGUACCAUAAAGGUACUGACUGGUCAACAUUCAGCAACUUCUGGUGAAGUGUAUGUUUAUGGAAGGAAUGUCAACAAUGCAGCAAAAGAAAUCAGAAAGUACUUGGGAUAUUGUCCUCAGUACAACACACUGUAUGGAAAGCUUACUGUCAAGGAACAUCUUAUUUUCUUCGGCAAUCUGAAAGAAUUGCUGUCCCCAGAGGAAGUAGAGAAAGAUGUUGAAAGGCUGCUAUGCCAAAUGGGUCUGAAGCAUAUGGAAAACAAGCAGGCAUGCCAUCUAUCGGGAGGGCUUCAGCGAAGGUUGUGCGUGGCCUUCUCCUUUGUUGGGGGCUCAAAACUCGUCAUUUUAGAUGAGCCUACAAGCAGCGUGGAUCCUAUGGCCCGCCGGAACAUAUGGGACCUAAUAUUAAAGCACAAGCAUGAUCGGACAAUUUUGCUUACAACUCAUCACAUGGAUGAAGCCGACGUGCUCAGCGACAAAGUUGCAAUCAUACACAAGGGCAAACUGUUGUGCGAAGGCUCCCCACUUCUACUGAAGAGCAAGUUUGGAUUCGGCUACAAGUUGUCAUUAACAAGAAGCUGCUCGGAACCUAACAAAGACAGUGACUCUGGACACUCAUCGAAUGUGUCAAGAACAAGUGUUGAUGAUGACUCCUCAGAUAUUGAAGGCAUCCUUCACGUUAUCAGAGGUGUUGUCCCUCCGGCUCAAGUGGUGGAAAACAAUGGCGGAGAAGUGGUGAUCAGCCUCCCACAACGAGAUCCAGAGAAGAACGUCCUGUACUCCUACUCCCACCUCCUUUCACUCCUCGACGAACGCAUGCUCGAGUUUGGGUUUGGAAACUACGGUCUCUCAAGCACAACGCUCGAAGAAGUGUUUCUUUCCCUUUGUGCCCUGUGCGAUGCAGGCAAACCAGUGCAGUCAGGCCACACACUACCUACUACGGCGAGAUAUGGAAUUUCUGACAGACGUGACAGGCAUCGUCACACAGAUGUCACAUUAGAAUGUCCCAACUUCAGGCAUUCCUUGGGAACUGUAAACCCUCUGAUGGGACGUAAACUAAAAGUGAGCCAAUUCAAGGCACUUAUUCUGAAACGUUUCCAUCACACCGUGAACAACUGGAAAGCAAUAUUCUUUAGCAUUGUGCUUCCAUGCACAUUCAUCGCCAUUGCCAUGGGCUUCACCAUGAUUGCACCAGGAACCGUACCCGAGCCAUCGCUGAGGUUAUCGACGCAGUUGUAUGGGCCCGGAGCAGUUGGUUUUAUAAGUGAGAUACCACCAACCGAUGUGUCUGGAAGGAUGCUUUCUUAUCCUGGAGUAGGCUCGUCAUGCCUAGAAAGGAAUGCACCACAGUCUCACUGCAUGAGCACAACUGGCAUGGCAAGCAAUGCCAUGAAAAUACCAAAGGGAGCGCUCCAUUACACCUGCCACACUUCAGAAACUCAAGAAGGAUGGGGAAAUGGGCAAACUAUUAUGACAGAAACCACUGACAUUGUGUAUAACGUAACAGGACUCAACAUACCAAACUAUCUCUUAUCGUCAUUCCCGGAUUUCAUAGAAAGAAGGUAUGGCGGCUGGACUUUUGAGACGAAUCAGGUGAAAGUAUGGUACGACAACACAGGUUUCCAUUCGAUGCCUGCAUAUCAAAAUGCACUCAGCAACGCCAUUCUCAGGUCUGCCAUCAGCCACUCCACGUCUCCCCUAAAUGCCUCCAGAGUGGGGAUCACGGUGUACAACCACCCUCUUCAUUUGUCUUCCGAACAGCUUGGGAAACAGACAAUACUUGGACACGUUGCCGAAGUAGGCAUUGCCAUGGUAGUGCUCAUGGGCUUGGCAUUCAUACCAUCGCGAGUGAUAGUCUACGUCGUGAAUGAACGUAUACGUGAUGAGAAACAGGUUCAGAGCAUCUCUGGAGUCGGAACGCUGCUUUACUGGACGACUACAUUUAUUUGGGACAUGGGAAUUGUCCUAGCAACGGUUGCCCUUUCUGCCCUGAUCAUCAUCGCGUUUGGGCUCCCUGUAUACGUCAGCAAGCUCAACUUCCCGGCUGUGCUGCUGCUCAUGAUUCUGUUUGGGUGGGGUACCACACCUCUCAUGUACUGCCUGUCACGGCUAUUCAAAGAAGCAAGCAUCUCAUUUGUUGUUCUGUACUGUGUGAACUUGUUCAUCGGUCUCAACAUAGCAAUUGUCAUGCUUGUCCUCAACAUGAUCCAGAUAAGCUCGGGCAAUCGUCAACUCAUGACUGGUCUCCAGAAUGCUGCACUCGUUUUCCCACAGUAUGCUCUGAUAGGCGGCUUUGUCAGCCUCGCCAAGAAUCACAUUCAGGCUGAUAUAUAUGCUCGGUACGGACAAGACACCUACGAGAACCCAUUCAGCAAUGAAGUCCUUAACUACAACUUUUAUGCCAUGUUCUUGGUCGGAGUAGUCUUCUUCUGCAUCAACCUCUUUCUAGAGUGUCACUUGAAAGCACCGUUGCAUUCCAGGACUCAAAGACAAUCCAAGGUGCCUGAGGACACGGAUGUUACAGCAGAAAAAAUGCGUGCGAAUGGCGACAGUGGCAAGAAUGAUGUGUUGAGAGUGCUGGAUGUCGUAAAGGUUUAUCAAAGACAACACAAAGCGGUGGACAAUGUCUCAUUUGGCAUACCAAAAGGCGAGUGCUUUGGACUCCUCGGUGUAAAUGGAGCUGGAAAGACAACCUUGUUUCGCAUCUUAACCGGACAGCUUCAGCCUACACAGGGAACCACCCUCGUUCAAGAUACAAGAUUGGACAAAGUGUUUGCAAAAGGCACACAGCUGGUGGGCUACUGUCCCCAAGCUGAUGCACUUGACGACUUGCUGUCUCCAAAGGAGCACCUCGUGAUUUACUCCAUGAUGCGUGGGAUACCAAAGAGUGAGAUCCAGGAGGUUGUUGAGGAAGCCCUCACAAGGUUCCAGCUUUCUGCACAUGCCAAUUACAAAGUGGGAACACUCAGCCGUGGCACAAGACGAAAAGUCUGUACAGCCAUCGCAAUGCUCGGGAAUCCACAAAUUGUGCUCUUGGACGAGCCAACAAGUGGAAUGGAUCCUGUUACUCGUAGACUGGUUUGGUCUAAUGUUUCUGAAGCCAUCCAAGAAAAGCGAUCUGUCUUGCUAACAUCACACAGCAUGGCCGAAUGCGACUUACUUUGUUCAAGGCUCGCAAUCAUGGUGAAUGGACAACUGUGCUGUAUAGGAAGCCCACAGUAUCUCAAACACAAGUUUGGAGCAGGAUUUACCGUCACAAUACGCAUGGCUGAAAAUGUCAAGGACUGGAAGCAAGCAAUUAAAUGUCUAAUUACUCACUUCCCCACAGCAUCACUAAAGGCACAACACUUCAACAUCAUGGAGUUCAGCCUGCCUUCGAAGCAAACAUCACUUUCCUCUGUGUUUAAAUUCUUAGAAAAGAACAGCAGUGAUUUGAGCAUCUUGGACUUUUCCGUGUCUCAGACGACGUUAGAUCAGGUCUUUGUGAACUUUGCACGACAGCAGUGUGAUGAGUCGACAGAAGUUGAGCAAGAAAGGCCUGCUGACACAUCUAUCGUAACAGAAAAGAAUGGCUUCAUCAGUGAUGAAUCGCCUGCGGUUGCCCUUCGCAGAUCCAGUCACUUACCAGCAAUAGAAAGACACGAUUUGAACAGUGAAGCGACAAAGUUCUGACCACUGCCCACAGUGGCAGAUCUCUCAAAUUGCCCGUUGGUCCAAGUAUGAUAAGACUGCUUGCCUCUCGAAUUGGAGGAGCAAGCGGCACGUAGGGCAUUUUACAUCAGCUAUGCAAGAAUGAAAGGUCUCAUUUUUCCCUUCACCAUUUUGGAAGCGUGGCGUCCAUGACGACCUCUCGCUGCCAAAAUGCUACUUUCUCUGCUCCUCAACACAUCAAACAUCAUGGAAGUGUGCAGUAUGUUUGGCAUUUCAAGUGUGUUGCAUCAGCCGCAUCGAAUGCUGCUGAAAACUGUGAACUGUAAAUAAAGUCCGUGUGAACAACAA